AUGUUUGACAUUACUGCAUCAACACUUACUCUUGAUUAUGAAGUAUUGAAGAAAUACGCAUACCAACCCCCAAAAGUAUCUUGGGCUUCUGGUGUAUUGAAGACUGACGACGGAAAGCUCGAUAACAUAGCACUGUAUUCCAUCGGACAAGAAGACAUACUCGGAAUAAGUUCACCAUGUGCAAACCCCUUGCAAAUCGAAGCUCAUCGUGAAGAAUAUAAUUUUGUUCUUCUGUCACGCCCAUGGAGUUCUGAACAACAUCUGGGUCUCGCACCUGGCACCCUAGAGUCCCUGAACUCUUUAGACAAGGAAUCGAAAACUUCUCUGCGCAUGCUACUUAGUCGUCCUCAAACAUCUACACAAAACCAUCGGGUCACUUUAGGCGGCCAUACAGAUAUUAGAACCAUAACGAUGCUCUUCAAUAUCGCAGGGGGUCUACACGUUCUUCCCUCCUCAGCAGAAAACCGUAAUGAGAAUUGGCAAUACAUCCGUCCGGUACCAGGCUGCGCACUGAUAGAUAUCAGAGACACGAUGGUUAAAUGGACAGGUAGAAUAUUACGGAGCUCACUCCAUCGUGUUGUUACUGCGCCGGGAAAUCGGGCGGGCGUUACGAGACAGAGUUUAGGUUAUCUGGUGAGAUCGGGAAAAAAUGCUUCAGUGAAGAGGUUGGAGGGUAAAAGGGUGAUUCCGAGGUUGGAAGGAGGAGAACAGGAGGAGGAGAGAGGUGUGAGUGAGUGGAGUGCUUGGGGGGCAAUGCAGAUUAUAAAGGGGGGAGUUGAAACCAGGUACAAGGUGGGAGAAUGGUGGGAAAACUCAAUGAAGGGGUGA